AAAGUUUGUUUUCUAUCUGACUCUGCACCUAGAAUCAUUUAAGUGCAGGUCCACAGCCUGUAUUGAUACACAAACAUAAAACUGCAGUCUUCUCUUUUCCAUUUGGACAUUUGAUUAUUUUAUUUCUUUAUGACUUUGGUUCUCACAAUUUCAUGAUGAAAAGCUUCUUCUUGUCUCUGUUAGUAGGUCUUCUUUUCAGUAAAGACUACGUUAAACCCACAGAAAUAGAUGGGAAGAAGAAAUGGAAAGGUGAAGGUACCACAUCUAACCUGGAGAGCAUUGUAAUUGGAAGAUGUUAUGAAUAUAUUAGAAUUGUGAAUCCAAGUGUUGGUGAGAAGAACUGUACAGAGAUAUGGGAAGCUUUCAAAAAGGCUUUUAUUAAUAAAGAUCCUUGCAACAUUUUACCAUCGGACUAUGAGUUAUUUAUUAACUUGUCACUGCAUACAAUUCCACCUAACAAGUCUCUGUUCUGGGAAAAUAACCAUCUGCUGGUCACUAGCUAUUCUGAUAGAACUCGUCGCUACAUGCCUCUGUGUGAUACUUUAAUUGGUUCAUUUGGAGAUUUCCUGAACUGGUGUGGACAAGCAAACGAUACUGGAUUUAAUUAUGAUUCCUGCCCUAACACAGAAGAGUGUGAAAAUAAUGCAGUAGAAUCUUUCUGGAAGAUUGCAUCGAUCACUUAUGCAAAGCAGAGCUCUGGGGUAAUAUACAUUAUGCUGAAUGGUUCUGCAAUAGGGGGCGCCUAUCCAGUCAAAGGUUUUUUUGCAGACUAUGAAGUGCCUAACUUCCAAAAAGACAGAAUUUCACGAAUUGAAAUCUGGGUCAUGGAUGACAUUGGGGGACCUGACUUGGAUUCCUGUGGGAGAGGCAGUGUACAAAUAUUAGAAGAAAGACUCAAAACUAUGGGUUAUGACAUCACCUGCAUUGACAAUUACAAAUCUGUACUGCUGUUAAAGUGCCUGGAUUACCUUAAUCACUCUGAUUGUUCUAUUGUUUCGUCUGCACCUUCAACACAAAGAGGACUUGUAUCUCCUGCCAGAGGCGGCAGCUGGAGCAGGCUCAUUUACAUGAUUUUUGUAGCAUUUGUUUUUGAGAUCUGCUUUAACCCACUGAAUUAAUGACUGGAAAACUGUUUUCAAUCCAGCUGCAGUGAGGAGACACCAAGCACAGUCUUGACUGUCUGCUGAGCCAGCUCCAGCUACAAUCUGAAGGUCCAGGGUGUCUGUCUAUCCCCAACCACUGAAACCUACAGAUCACG